AUGGAUUAUGAAACAGCUGCUUUUGCUGCAGCUUAUAGAUUACCACAAAGAACUAACAAUAGUCAGGUAUUUACAACAACUACUACAACAACUUAUCAUCCUAGAAUGGGUAACGUAAUGCCAAAUUUUGUUUUUACACAUAAUGGUUAUGGAACAGCACCACAAGAUAUAAUUUCAGGUAUGUUACCAAGAAAAAGUCGUCGUGAAAGGACAACUUUCAAUCGUCAACAACUUCAGAUAUUAGAAAAUCUUUUUUCAACAACUCAAUACCCUGAUGUCUUUACCAGAGAAAAAAUUGCUGAACAAAUUCAAUUACAGGAAGGAAGAAUUCAAGUAUGGUUUAAGAAUAGACGAGCUAAAUAUCGUCAAAUGAUAAAGCAAAAAAAUGUCGUUAAAGGAAAUGAAAAGAAGGGAAAAAAUAAUAAUAAUUCAAGACAAUCUAUUUCUAAUGAUUCAAGUGACGGAAAGCCUCCUAUUCAUGAAAAAGAUGAUAUAAAAAAUAAUUCUAAAGAUUUUUUAAAAAAUGAUUCUUUGCCCUGUAAUAUUAAACAGGAAAUUCAUGAAAGUUCAAAGAACCAUCUACCAGAUGUUGAGAAGACAAAUUUUACUCAAUGUAUCAAUGGAUCAUCAUCUGAGGAUGGAGGAAAUCACUCUAAUUCUCAUUUAUUACAACCAUUUACCGUCAAUACAUUGUCAGAUCAAUCAUGGAAUAAUGGAGAUAAUAUGUCAAGUUGUACUUUUUCAACAAUAAAUUCAUCCUCAACUUUAUUAUCUCCUACAACAGUACCCCCAUCGCCAACAGGAAAUAAUAAUCAUCUCUCUGGGUCACUUUUUUCUAAUAAUGGACCAUUUGGUGGAGGAUACAAUCCGCAUACAUAUUUUUAUGCUCCAAAUCAUUAUUGUACCUCUGGAAUGGAUAGAACUUUAACAUAUACAGCGACUACUCCUAUUGAUUAUGCUAAUUUCUCUAGUAACUAUUAUAUGAGUAGUAAUCCCGGAAAUACACUUGUCAACACCUUCCUCAAAUCAGUACAAAUCUUACGUAAUGCCGCCUUUAAACAUUUACUAGGAUUCAUGAGUAAACCACGAGUGAUCAUGUUGUUAAGACUAAUAUUUGAUUUGCAAACAAGUGCUAAGAAGAUGAUUGUUUUCACACACAAUUUUACCGUUAGAAGACUAAAAAUGAAAGCUUUAAGAGAUGCCGUGAACUUUAAAAUGCCGUUAAUAGUAAUUGGUUUAACUAAUAAUCUUAUUGUAUUUUCACAUCUUUCUUGA